GUCACGGAGAGGAGCGCGAGGAGUCGCACGCUCCGGUAACGAGCAGCUCCUUUACACGACUGAACCGCGGACCCGCUCAUCUACACGUCUGCUGAUCUACAGACUGAGCAAACACACGAACUGCUCGCUGUGGAGAUCUUUACUGCACUCCUGAAGAACCUCUUCUCUCCUGAAGCUGCACUGCACUGCUCUAUUCCCUCAGCCUGGCUCUCUGUCUGGACUAACUUCAAACGAACUUGGCUGGUCCUCGGUGAGAUGGAUAUCCAGCGCGGAUAUUACUGAGAUUACAGUGUGUGAGAGCUGAGGACAGCAUGCUCGUGCUGCUGUGGGACUCGCGCGCCACGCUGAUGUUGAUGCUGCUGCCGGUGGUGCGUGCAGACGCUGGGAAUCAGAGUGUAAUGUAGGGGAAUAUAUAAAGGAUAUGCUCCGUCUAGCUCUGCUUCUGCACGUCCCCUCUCACGCGAGAGGAGCGAGACGGCUGGGGGUCUGCGGGGUUGGAGCGGACGGGGACUGGGGCUGACUGGGGCUGGAGGAGGGUUUUGUGGGGGCAUGAAGAGAUGUGGACAAUGUUUGCUUUUGGAUUCUCACUCCCUGCACACGUUUCUGACCAGUGCAUGACUGGUGGACUACAUGUUGGAUGUCAUUGCUUCUUUGAGAGCUUUCUGAGAAGAACUUGUGGGAUAUAAAAAAAACAUGGAUAAGAACAUUUUUUCAAUCAUUUUAAGCUAAUGGACUUUUCCAGGAGAACAGUUUUCCAGGAACACUUGUCCACAUGUAAGUUCUCAAUGUGGAAGAUCCUUAUUUUGCAUAUUUCUCUCUCUCUCUGACAAGAUCUGAUAUUAUAAUAGGCUGUUAUUAUAUCAAUUGGAUCAAUAUCAAGUUUCAAAUUCAUUCAUAGCUUUUUUUUUGUUGCUCACAGUAGAAGUGAAGUAUUUAUGAUAUAGAAGAAAAUCUAGAAUAUCAGUAUAAUGUAAGAAUAAUUGCUGUAUAAUUAUAAAGGCUACUGUCUGAACUGAAUGAAUUGAAGAAACCAAAGACAAGACUACCCCUAAAGCUUAAGCGUGACUAAAAAAAAAAAUAAAAAAUGUCACCAAAAGACACUUUUGAAGUAGCGUCCAGAAAAUCAUCAAUUUAUCAAGUAUGGCCAAUUUUAAGAGACACUAUCAUUCAUCCAGCUUUAAUACAGAAAUCAAAGACAAUAAACAGUGUGAAAUAUUAUUAAUUUAACAAGAAUUCCACACAAUGGCUCUCAAGCAAGGUGCCUGGAACUGCAUGGCAUGCUCCUUGCUUCUCCUGGCACUGUCAGCACUGGGAACUGCCUUCUCUGGUGUCUUCAAUUCCUCCGACAAGGAUAUUUUUAGCGAGUUUGAGCAGUUACGACUCGCAGAGAGCCGGACACCGGAGCUGCGGAAAAUCCAAGCCUCUAAUUUCCACCCAAACUUGUACUUCAACCAAGCGGACAUCCAGCUCAUGAAACAGAGGUCCACGACAUCCCACAGCCACAUUUUCAGAGUAAUCCGGGCAGCUGUGCUGACCAUGCUGUCCAACGUUCCUCUCUACAUGCCGCCUGCGAGUCACGAUGAGUUUACCAGCAAGUGGAACGAGAUCUACGGCAAUAACCUCCCGCCCUUGGCUCUUUACUGUUUACUCUGCCCUGAGGACUCUGCUGCUUUACAGUUCCUGAUAAAGUUCAUGGACCUCAUGGCAGAAUAUCCUGACUGGAAAGUUACCACCGCGCCAAACGACGAAGUGCCUGUGGCUCAUUCACUCACAGGCUUUGCUACUGCUUUUGACUUCAUCUACUCCUAUCUGGACCAGCAGCGACGGGAUCUUUACCUCAAAAGGAUCCGCAGAGAAACAGCCGAGCUGUAUGAGGCAUCGAAAUACAGAGGAUGGGGCAAACAGUUUCUCCAGAACCAUCAGACCACCAACAUUUUAGCCAUCCUGACCAGUGCCAUUGUUGUGGGGGCUCAUGACGAUCCAGAGACUAUGGUAUGGAAGCAGGUGUGUGUGAAUUAUAUGGAAAAAACUAUGUUUCUCCUGAACCAUGUGGUGGAUGGGUCUUUAGAUGAGGGGGUGGCGUAUGGGAGUUACACAGCAAAGUCGAUUACACAAUAUGUGUUCCUGGCCCAGCGCCACUUCAACAUUGACAACACACAGAACAAUUGGCUCCGCACUCAUUUCUGGUUCUACUAUGCCACACUUCUGCCAGGUUUUCAGAGAACAGUGGGUAUAGGGGACUCCAAUUACAAUUGGUUCUAUGGGCCUGAGAGCCAGCUAGUUUUCUUAGACACAUUUGUGAUGAGAAACGGCACUGGUAACUGGCUAGCUCAGCAGAUUAGAAAGCACAGACCUAAAGAUGGUCCUAUGGGUCAGUCCUCAGCCCAGAGAUUUACCACCUUGCACACAGAGUUUAUCUGGUUCGAUGCCCGUCUAAUACCACAGCCCCCACCUGGCUAUGGCAGAGCAAAUAUGCAUAUUUUCUCAAAUUGGGGUGUAGUAACUUAUGGAGCGGGGUUACCUAUAGCCCAGGGGAACACAUUUGUCUCUUUUAAAUCAGGUAAGCUGGGUGGGCGAGCUGUAUUUGACAUUGUGCAUGCUAAGCCUUAUUCGUGGGUAGAUGGCUGGAACAGUUUCAACCCCGGCCAUGAGCAUCCAGACCAGAACUCAUUCACUUUUGCACCGAAUGGACAAGUUUUUGUGUCUGAGGCACUGUACGGUCCAAAAUACAGCUACUUGAACAAUGUGCUAGUGUUCAGUCCCUCCCCAACCAGUCAGUGCAAUGCCCCCUGGGAGGGGCAGCUAGGAGAGUGUGCAAAGUGGCUGCGCUAUACUGAUGAGGGCGUCGGAGACUCUGCAGGGGAGGUUAUAGCCACUUCCUCACACAGAAACAUGAUGUUUGUUAGCGGUGAGGCUGCUGCAGCCUAUUCCCCUGCUAUGAAACUAAAGAGUGUGUACAGAUCCUUGGUGCUCCUUAACUCACAAACUCUCCUGGUGGUCGACCAUGUGGAGAAAUCUGAGGACUCACCAAUCAACGCCCUCAGUGCUUUUUUCCACAACUUGGACAUUGACUUUAAGUAUGUUGCCCACAGGUAUAUGGACAGGUACAAUGGGGCCUUGAUGGAUGUUUGGGAUGCUCAUUACAAAAUGUUCUGGUUUGACAGCCAGGGAAAUAGCCCAAGCACAAAAAUACAGGAGGCGGAGCAGGCAGCCGAAUUUAAAAAAAGAUGGACGCAGUUUGUCAAUGUCACUUUCCCUGUCAGUGGCGCAGUAGGCAGGAUGGCCUACGUGAUGCAUGGACCUUACGUUCAGAUCUCCAAUUGUCGAUUCAUUGACAGCAGCAAAAAUGGCCUCAGAAUCUCUCUUAUCAUUAACAACACUGAAAAAAUAGUUUCAAUCGCAACUAACUACAAAGACAUAGGAGCACGUUCGAGCUACCUGGGCUUUGGGGGUUAUGCCAAAGUGGAAGACCGAUAUCAGAUUAUCCGCUUUGGUUUGGGAGCGCAGCUUGUGCCCAAACAAACACCAGUAGACAAUCAGCUAUUUGACUUUGGGUUCACAGUGAAUGUGAUAGCAGGGGUGGUACUGUGUGUGGCGAUUGGCUUCCUGACCUUGCAGCGCAAGUUUUAUGUCUGCUUCACCAGACUAAUGCGCUACGCCCUGUUCUCUGUGCUAAUGUUGUGGAUCAUUGAGCUUCUUUUUGUCUCGAACAGCUGCGAUCAGCUACUGUGUGGGGUUAAGUGGAAAAGCGCCGCCACUGACCCCGAACUUAGCAAACAACUGCGAUUGUAUGACCAGCACCGGUUCCCUCUGCCCACUGUGGUUAUCACAACCCUGCCAGGCUCUGGCUCGGACAUCCUCAAGCACCUUUUUUACAACAACUCAGACUUUGUUUAUCUGCAGGUGCCCACAGAACACCUGGAUAUACCUGAAACAGAGUUUGAAUUUGACUCAUUGGUGGAUGCUUGCGAGUGGACAAGGACGGACACUCAAAACGGACGAUUUAAAAUAAUCCAGGGCUGGCUGCAUUCACUUGUGCACAACACCCACUUGCACCUGCAGAACAUCCCACUGUAUGACAUAAACAGAUCCAAGCAGGCUCAGAAAGCCGGCAGUCCUCCUCACAACAAGAAAAAGAGGACCAGGAGGAAGGAGCCGUUGGCCGAGAUGAGAGGAAGAAUGAGAGUCAGCUCAGACAGAGAUGCUGAGUAUGUCCGCGAGAUGAGGCAGCACACGGGUGAAUACCCGAAUGCGCGGUUGGUCCUUAACUUGCGCAGCGGUAGCUGGGCUCUCAAGCUUCCUUUCAUCCAAGAAGUCAUCGGCCCCUCUCUUCGGGCCAUCUAUGUGGUCAGGGACCCUCGAGCAUGGAUCUAUCUGAUGCUGUACAACAGCAAGCCCAGCCUGUACUCCCUCAAGAACAUCCCGCAGCACUUGGCCCUCAUGUUCAAAGAGGAUGUCACCCGGGAGAGGUGCCCUGCAUUCGCUCCAGAGUUCAGAAUGCUGUGGAGGCUCCUGUCCCGUUCUGAGGCCAAUCCUGUGCUGCUGCUUUCCCACUUGUGGCUUGCUCACACUGCUGCAGUGUUCCGUGUCACGGCCAACCUUCCUGAGGAGGGUUACCUGCAGGUGAGGUUCGAGGACCUGGUGAACUUCCCUGAGGAAACAGCUGAGUGGAUACACUCCUUUCUGGGGGUGCCAGUGACACCCUCAGCCCUGAAUCAGCUCAUGUUCACCACCUCCACAAACUUGUACAAUCUUCAGUACGAGGGGGACAUUUCACCAGCCAGCAUCAACAUGUGGAGAAAAAACAUGCCUAGAAAAGACAUCAGACUCAUUGAGGACACUUGUGGGUUUAUGAUGAGGAGACUUGGGUACUCUAGGUUCAGUAGUUAAAUUAUUAUUAGCUGCAGGUCAGCUGCUGUUUCAGGUGUCCUGUAACAUGUGGCUAAUUAUUAUUAUUAUUAUUAUUAUUAUUAUUUCAGUUUUAUUCUCUAAUCUGUUAUGCAUUGCGAUCAGACGUGUGGUACUUUGUGCUGGCUAGUUGGUGACAUUUUAUAUUAAAAUGCAUCAAGGGAAAUUCUGCAAUUCCUGUUUUGCCUUUAUGAGAAAGCCACUUGAAGCACUCAUUUUUUUGGAGUGACUUAUUUACUAUUCAGUCUGUGAUGAGCAGUUUUGUGCUUAGUAAACUCCAAAAAUGCGUUCUGCAAUGUUCAAAGUGAUUAUUUUUGUAAAGCUGAAAAAAACCGAGAGUGCUAAAUUGUUUUAUUGAGGAUCUGUAUCUCUAUCCUUUGUGACAAACUGUCUGAAUGUCUUUUAAAUUCAAAAAAUCAUCUUCAGAGUUUUUUUUUGUUUGUUUGCUGUUUGAUUACUCAUAUAUGUUUUUUUUUUUGUUUGUUUCCUUGCUGCUUUUGCCGACUAUUGUAUAGAUUAUCCUUCAGAAAGGGUUUCCUCUGUUUUAAGCCACCAAAGGCUCUCUGGAGUAGUAAUUGACUUUAAAGCUUAAGCUUGGUGUGCAUUGUGUGAAAUCAAGAGUGUUAGUACUAAUCCCCAGAGUGGAACACAUUCCAGCUUAAAGCCUGUAUUCAGCAAUCAUGUGCAAGAAGCCCCUAAAUGUUGGAGAAGUUAAAAUUUGAUUGCGGCUCGGAAAGUCUGCUGCAAUCCAUACCUGUUCUAUAUUGUAUUCAGGCGGAAAAAAAAGGAAAGGUCUUCUGCACUGACUGAAUUAAAAGGAAAAAAAGAUGAUCGACACCUCUAAAAGUAGCUGCCACAUAUUUCGACAGGCAUCAUGUGGAGAUCAAACUAAAGUUUGUCUCUGAGGGUUCAGACUCAUUCGCAGUCUAUUAGCGAUUCCAAAGCAAGCCCAGAGCUAGCCACACGAGUUCUGUGAAAUGCCAAAACCGAGCCCGUCAUGCGGCGCGGCAGUGGCGGCAGCUUUAUCUGCUGCAUGGCCCCAGAAGAAAUGCAAAUGAGACGGUAGAGUCCUCAUUUCCUGUCGAACCUAAUCAGAGAUUCAAUGAUCUUUCCAAACCAUUGUCCCAUACUGGCACUGCAGGAGAGGCAGAUGACGGCACUGGAUGCACAUAUUGUCUACGGAUGGAGGAAAAGGUAAUUGCGGAAAUGUCUAAUGUUCCUAGUAGGUCAUUCUGACAUCUAGUCUUUUUUAAACAUCGCAGGUGGAAGAGUUCAAUGCAGUAUGACCAGUAUAAUGUAUUUUAAAUCAGUGUGGUUUAUUAUGUCAUUAAAUUAGCAUUAAUGUGCAGAAUUUAAUGUGUAUGGGCACCUCUAGUCAUAUUGCACAUGGUGUUGAUUGAAAAUCAGUAGUGAACAAAUCCUCUACACAUAUUGCACAAUCACUGAUUGGUUAAUUGGUUAAUUUAGUCUUUUGGGGAAAAGAAAAUUACAAUUUUGUGUGUUUUUUUUAUAUGAUUUUUCACUCAAAUCAGAAAAGAAACAAAAGUUGUCAGUAACCGUUAUCAGAAAUGGCAUAUAGAAGUAUAAUUGAAUUUCUGUUUUUUGUAGAAAUGCUUGCUCACAACUUUUUUUUACAAAUUAAAAAGUUACAAAAUACUCAAUCCAGACAGUUCAAUAAGUUUUUAUGUGUUAUGUAUUGUUCUAGCUUCCACACAUCCACAGACAACCAGCCAGCCAGUAAAUAAAGGUCCAGAACCUGCAUUCAAAAAGUUUCUUAGCGUAGGAGUGCUGCUCUAGGUCCUGUUCCCCACUGGGGUCAUUAUAAAUUGGAUGUGAACCUGACCCAGUUCAUCUAUCUGUAUCUGUAUCAUUUUUUUAUUCUUUUUUCCACCCAUCUGCACUAUACCACUCUGAGACACGUUAUGAAUGCAGGCCCUGAACCUCGACUUGCUGAUUGACUGCUUGUCUGCAGAUGUGUGGAAGCUAGAAUAAUACAUAAUACAUGUGAACUGGCUUUUUAUAUAAAGUCUUACCUUGUGAGCAUGCAGUUCUAAAACAAAGUUUGGGCACCUGUGAUUAUAUAUGGUUGAUUUUCCAGGCAGGGAUUAAGUCUAGUCAUAGACUGUACUUUCCUUUCAGUUAAAAAUAUACAUUAAAAAUGUUGUGUAGUCCAAGACUUGGGUUAAUUCAUGUCUGGGAAGCUACCCCAACAUGUUUUUUUUUUUAUUUGAAAAAUGAAGUUAAUACUUUAUAAGGAGGUAGAUCAGUCACAACAGUCAUACUGUACACAGCAUUAAAUUGACACAUUGAGUCAAAUGUAAUACUCACAGUGUUAAGUUAACCCUAAACAGGUUAAUUUAACACUGGCAAAUUUACUGUACACUGGUCAUUUUAUUCAUUCUUUAUCUUACAGUUUCUUUUCUAUAAAAACACUGUGGUUUCACAUUUAAUUGAAAGCUUUUGCAGAUGCACAAAUGCUUAAGAAAUUAUAUAGUAAAGGUUCUAAGUUAUGAAAUAAAGAUUCAUAUGUUUAGUGUCUUUAAUUGAUAUUUAGUUGAAUGUAAAGACAUGGUGAGCAUCCACAAACCAUCUCCAGCAGAUAUGCAGUUCUGGAAAAAAUUAAGAGCCCACUUCAGUUUCUGAAUCAGUUUCUCUGAUUUGACUAUUUAUAGGUAUAUGUUUAAAGAAAAUGAACAUUGUUGUUUUUAUUCUAUAAACUACAGACAACAUUUCUCCCAAAUUUCAAGUAAAAUAUUGUCAUUUAGAGCAUUUAUUUUCAGAAUAACCCUUUUUGUAAAUCACAGUUUUCAUGCAUCCUCCACCAGUCUUACACACUGCUUUUGGAUAACUUUAUGCCACCCCUGGUGCAAUAAUUCAAGCAGUUCAGCUUGGUUUGAUGGCUUGUGAUCAUCCGUCUUCCUCUUGAUUAUAUUCCAGAGGUUUUCAAUUUGGUAAAAUAAAAGAAACUCAUCAUUUUUACGUGGUCUCUUAUUUUUUCCAGAGCUGUGUAUAAAAGUUAAGACUUAAAAAAUCCACCACCAGUUUUGUGUUCUAUUUUGUUUUGUUUUUCCUCCCAAAGUCUGCAGUGGUUUAGAUGUAAUCAGAGUGGUUUAAUGGGAGAUGGUUCCGUGAAGAGAAGCUUAAGUCAGAUUUUGCUACAAUGGUGAUAGAUAAUAGACAACGGGGACCUGCAUGGCUUCAUUGCAAAAUUACUGAUAUGCCCAAAAUCAUGGGACAGGAACUAGUAUCUUGUACUAUUACUUUUGCCGUAGCCGAUGGAAUGUAAAUGAUGAUGAUUAUGAUGAUGCAUUGACCUGCAGAAUAUGAGUCUCUUGUCUGUGUGCAUGGGAAAUUCUAGCCAGACACGACAGGUUAUGAUCAUUACACCCACUGAGCUGUCUACUGUGGGUGGUAAUGACUUCUAUAAUGUAUUCUUGGUACACAUUUGAGACUGUAGGUUGAGAAAUGGUACAGUAAAUGCCUCCUGAAGUCCCACUUUACAAUCAAUUUACAGUGUAUUGCUAUCACAUGACUUUUGGCAUUUCAGUGCAUGUCUUAGGCCAAAGUUUACUCUGAUAUACUGUUGUGAUUAAGCAUUAAUAAGGCAUUAAACCCUUUUGUUGUCUAUUUCCUACCAUCUCCACCAUACGAAUAAUUCUGACUUAAGCUUCUCUAGACUGGUGCGUUUCAGAUCAAACACUUGGACGAGGGUUCAAGGGCUAGAUUGAAAAUCUGUGAUUUAAAGCAGCAUCUGUACUUGAGUUGUUGUCUCUUGUCUCCUCUUUAAGGCUGUGCACGUAUGAACAGCCCUGCUUGUCUCCUCGGUUGUUUUAAAGUCGUGGUCUUUGAAUGUGUGUACACUUGCCGAGCCAGGCUCUCUCUCUCUCUCUCUCUCUCUCUCUCUCUCUCUCUCUCUCUCUCUCAUGUAAACUGCUUCCUUCUCUCUGUUUGUGGGUAAAUGUCUCCAAGCUUCUGUGGCCUUGAAUCUGAUGAGAAAAAAAAAAGAACUUAUUUAAACAUGUUUUUCAUGUUGUUUAUUUUGCUUCCCGAGCAGAUGGCUGACGUCUCGACGGCAAAUAAAGAUGAUUUAUGACCAAAAGAUUA